AUGGGAUGUACAGUCGGUGAGGUGUGGGACCAAAGGUUCUCAGAGGCCGUGAGCUUGAUGCUGCUUCAGGGCGAGGGCCGGGGGCCUGCCAUGGAGGAGGAGUGCUCGGCGAGGCCUUGCGCCACUGACUUCUCUAUAGCUGCUAUUAUGGCCAGGGAUCGGCAGGAGCGCAGGGAGCGAAGGAGGCACAGGGACCCAAGAGAAGACACACUUACGCCUUUAGAAAAGUUCGUAGACGCAACAGCAUCAGCGUCUGGGUCACCUUCUCCACCACUCGCUGAGUACGAGCGAGACUCUCCCGUCGAUGUAUCCUCAACGUCGGAGGCUGGUUCGGCGAGCGGCGCGCCGAGCGGCUCGAGAGCGCUCUCUCCCCCUCCACGCAAUCCCCAACUAACGGAGCGCUGGUCCAGCGAAGAGAUGAGACACAUACAAUGCCACCUUGAAACGAAAGAGCUCUGGGACAAGUUCAACGAAUUGGGAACUGAAAUGAUCAUCACGAAAACUGGAAGACGCAUGUUCCCGACGGUGCGGGUAUCGUUCGCGGGUUGCCGCGCCGAGGCGCGCUACGCCGUGCUGCUGGACGUAGUCCCCGUAGACGGCAAGCGUUACCGUUACGCCUACCACCGCUCUUCGUGGCUGGUGGCCGGCAAGGCAGACCCGCCCGCGCCCGCGCGCCUCUACCCGCACCCCGAUUCGCCCUUCUCCAGCGACCAGCUACGCAAGCAGGUCGUCUCCUUCGAGAAGGUCAAGCUCACCAACAACGAGAUGGACAAGAACGGACAGUUGGUGUUGAAUUCAAUGCAUAAAUAUCAGCCUCGAAUCCACCUCGUGUUGAGACGGGAAGGUGCAAUAAACGCACCGAUAACCGACCUUGAGCAAGAGGAGUUCAAGACGUUCAUUUUUCCGGAAUGUGUCUUCACAGCGGUCACCGCCUACCAAAACCAACUUAUUACUAAAUUAAAGAUUGACAGUAAUCCUUUCGCUAAAGGAUUUCGAGAUUCUUCACGUCUCACUGAAUUCGAAAGAUUCUAUAUCACGGGGGAGCACGAAAGAACACCCGUCUUCCCCGAUGACGCGCGCUUCAGCGCUGCCAAUUCUAGGGAAACGAUGGAAUCGAUGCUAGCGGAGCAGCAUUAUUUACGAUCACCACUGCGACCAUUCGACUUGGAUCAACACAACAACAACCUAACUCUGGAAGAGAAAGCUAUACUGGCGGCUAGGUCUCAAUUGUUCUUACGUGCAGCAUACCCACUAUACGGAGUGCCUGCAGCUGCUUUGUGGGGACAGUGGGCGUGCUUGGCGCCACAGUUGCUGGCUCAGCAGCAUUUAGCGUCCGGUUCCGGCUUGCAACUGCCUCGGCCGGUGUAUCCGGGCGCAGUGCCACCUCUCUCGCAGCACCGUUUCUCGCCCUACCCGCCACGUCGCGCUUCACCCGGUUCUUCCCCGGACUCCCUACGCGACGCGAGCCCGCACUCCCUGCCUCAUACACCGCUCCCCCCGCACGCCCCGCAUACCCCUCACCCACCACACAGUCCCACUUAGUGCAUUCCGUGAUGUGACAGCGAAUGGUUUACUACGAUCUCUGUAAAUGUUUUUUGUUGUUAACUCGAAGUAUAACUUGGCGGCGCUGUGUAGUAGCACUUUUUAUUUUUAGUGAAUUGCAUAUUUAAUUACAAAAAAACAGUGAAUAGUGCUUUUGCAAUCGCGAGUGACUUCUAUAGACAGUAGAAACGCAGUGUCGCCAGCCGUUUUGUAAAAUAUUGUAAAAUAAAAAUAUUUAAAUCUAGCUUAAGGUUGUAAUUACUGUUGUUAUAGAAUAAAAUUAUGUUCCUAAUUUCUAAUCUUAGUUGGUUUUGAUUUCCUUUUAAGAAUUUUCAACACUAAUCAGCAAUGUCACGUUUGAGUUUUGUACACAUCCUUGGUGAAGUAUUACGACAUAAGUAUCUGGCGUUACAAAUUUAUUCAUAACUUGGCAAUGAAUUAAGUUGGUAAGGUGAAAUGUGCAAUACAAAAGAAAUCAAUAUUUAGCAGACUAGUUGUUAGUAGUAAGAUAGAUAUUAUAAUUAAAGUGUAGAUACUUGCUGUCUGUGUUUAAGGUACUCUGUGGUAUCAUAAAUGGACAAAUAGAUGUACCUUUAUUUACUAUGUAGUUAAAUUAUAAUUAUUAUAAAUAAUAUAUUGAUAAUGAAUAAAAAAAUUAAAUGUUUGUUAACAUAU